AUGAAACUCUUUGUCUUUUUAGCUCCUGAAAAUGUGCAGAAGGUGAUGGUGUUGACUCAAACUGAGAGCAGUAUAACUCUGACGUGGGACAAGGUUAAUAAUAUCUCAACAUACUUCCUGAAGUAUGUUAACAAUAGCAUUGAGAAGGAGGACUUUAUCAAUGAAACUACUGAAGACACAUCAGUUACAAAUACGGUCAUUGAUUUGAGUGCUGGGAAAAAAUAUGAUUUUUUGCUCCUCACGACACAAAAUGGAGUCAACAGCACUGGAUACAAUUUUUCUGCAGCCACUGCUCCUGAAAAUGUGCAGAAGGUGAUGGUGUUGACCCAAACUGAGAGCAGUAUAACUCUGAGGUGGAACAAGGUUAAUGACAUCUCAACAUACUUCCUGAAGUAUGUUAACAAUAGCAUUGAGAAGGUGGAACCCAUUACUACAACUCCUGAAGAGCCAUCAGUUACACAUGCAGUCACUGGUUUGAGUGCUGGGACAAAAUAUGAUUUUUUUCUCUUCACGACACAUAAUGGAGUCGACAGCACUGGAUUUCCUUUUACUGCAGCCACUGCUCCUCGCAACGCAGACGACUUUAAAUCAAUUGGACAAAAUGAGACCAGUAUAACUCUGCAGUGGAACAAAGUGAAUGACAUCCUCAACUAUAUACUUGAGUUCAAUGGAAACCAAUAUUUGGUGGUGAGUAUAACUCUGCAGUGGAACAAAGUGAAUGACAUCCUCAACUAUAUACUUGUGUUCAAUGGAACUCCUCGUAACGCAGACGACUUUAAAUCAAUUGGACAAAAUGAGACCAGUAUACCUCUGCAGUGGAACAAAGUGAAUGACAUCCUCAACUAUACACUUGUGUUCAAUGGACAGGAGAUAAAUGUCACUGCAUCAUUGGAAGAUAAAGUGACAUACACUGUAUCAGGACUCACAAGUGGGACUAAAUAUGACUUCAGUCUCUUCACUGUGUUUGAAAAUGUCAGAAGCAGUGGAGUAAACCUAGCUGCAGUCACUGCUCCUCGUAACGCAGACGACUUUAAAUCAAUUGGACGAAAUGAGACCAGUAUAACUCUGCAGUGGAACAAAGUGAAUGACAUCCUCAACUAUACACUUGUGUUCAAUGGACAUGAGAUAAAUGUCACUGCAUCACAGGAAGAUAAAGUGACAUACAUUGUAUCAAGACUCACAAGUGGGACUAAAUAUGACUUCAGUCUCUUCACUGUGUUUGAAAAUGUCAGAAGCAGUGGAGUAAACCUAACUGCAGUCACUGCUCCUCGUAAUGCAGACGACUUUAAAUCAAUUGGACAAAAUGAGACCAGUAUAACUCUGCAGUGGAACAAAGUGAAUGACAUCCUCAACUAUAUACUUGUGUUCAAUGGACAUGAGAUAAAGGUCACUGCAUCACAGGAAGAUAAAGUGACAUACACUGUAUCAGGACUCACAAAUGGGACUAAAUAUGACUUCAGUCUCUUCACUAUGUUUGAAAAUGUCAGAAGCAGUGGAGUAAACCUAACUGCAGUCACUGCUCCUCGUAACGCAGACGACUUUAAAUCAAUUGGACAAAAUGAGACCAGUAUAACUCUGCAGUGGAACAAAGUGAAUGACAUCCUCAACUAUAUACUUGAGUUCAAUGGACAUGAGAUAAAUGUCACUGCAUCACAGGGCGAUAAAUUGACAUACACUGUAUCAGAACUCACAAAUGGGACUAAAUAUGACUUCAGUCUCUUCACUGUGUUUGAAAAUGUCAGAAGCAGUGGAGUAAACCUAACUGCAGUCACUGACCAAUAUUUGGUGGUGAGUAUAACUCUGCAGUGGAACAAAGUGAAUGACAUCCUCAACUAUAUACUUGUGUUCAAUGGAACUCCUCGUAACGCAGACGACUUUAAAUCAAUUGGACAAAAUGAGACCAGUAUAACUCUGCAGUGGAACAAAGUGAAUGACAUCCUCAACUAUAUACUUGCGUUCAAUGGACAUGAGAUAAAUGUCACUGCAUCACAGGAAGAUAAAGUGACAUACACUGUAUCAGGACUCACAAGUGGGACUAAAUAUGACUUCAGUCUCUUCACUGUGUUUGAAAAUGUCAGAAGCAGUGGAGUAAACCUAACUGCAGUCACUGCUCCUCGUAACGCAGACGACUUUAAAUCAAUUGGACAAAAUGAGACCAGUAUAACUCUGCAGUGGAACAAAGUGAAUGACAUCCUCAACUAUACACUUGAGUUCAAUGGACAUGAGAUAAAUGUCACUGCAUCACAGGAAGAUAAAGUGACAUACACUGUACCAGGACUCACAAAUGGGACUAAAUAUGACUUCAGUCUCUUCACUGUGUUUGAAAAUGUCAGAAGCAGUGGAGUAAACCUAGCUGCCGUCACUGCUCCUCGUAACGCAGACGACUUUAAAUCAAUUGGACAAAAUGAGACCAGUAUAACUCUGCAGUGGAACAAAGUGAAUGACAUCCUCAACUAUAUACUUGUGUUCAAUGGACAUGAGAUAAAUGUCACUGCAUCACAGGAAGAUAAAGUGACAUACACUGUAUCAGGACUCACAAAUGGGACUAAAUAUGACUUCAGUCUCUUCACUGUGUUUGAACAUGACAGAAGCAGUGGAGUAAACCUAACUGCAGUCACUGCUCCUCGUAAUGCAGAGGACUUUAAAUCAAUUGGACAAAAUGAGACCAGUAUAACUCUGCAGUGGAACAAAGUGAAUGACAUCCUCAACUAUACACUUGCGUUCAAUGGACAUGAGAUACAUGUCACUGCAUCACAGAAAGAUAAAGUGACAUACACUGUAUCAGGACUCACAAAUGGGAUGAAAUAUGACUUCAGUCUCUUCACUGUGUUUGAAAAUGUCAGAAGCAGUGGAGUGAACCUAACUGCAGUCACUGCGGGUUCGGGGAUUGCUGGCACAUCAGGCACCGACCACCUUGCGGCCACACCUCCGGUCAGCCGCCUCAACAAUGGAGGCACUGAACAUGGUCCACUCGAACUCAAUGUCCCCCGCCUCCCCGUGUACAUGGUCGACGCUCUCCCGGAGAUCGGGGGGCCUGUUCUUCCCAAUCACACCGCUCCAGUCGCCGCCAACGUGAGCGUUGAAGUCCCCCAGCAGAACGAGGAAAUCCCCAAAGGGAGUACUUUCCAGCACCCUCCAAGGAGUCCAAGAAGGGCUGUGCCUGGCCGGGCCCCAUGGGAGAAGGCCCGGCCACCAGGCGCUCGCCACCGAGCCCCAUCUCCAGGCCUGGCUCCAGGGGGGGGCCCCAGUAACCCACGUUACGUUUUUGACGUGGGUCUUUUUGAGCUACCCUUUGCCUGGCCCCUCCCCCUGGACCUGUUUGCCAUGGCAGACCCUACCGGGGCUCCUCGUAAUGCAGACGACUUUAAAUCAAUUGGACAAAAUGAGACCAGUAUAACUCUGCAGUGGAACAAAGUGAAUGACAUCCUCAACUAUAUACUUGUGUUCAAUGGACAUGAGAUAAAAGUCACUGCAUCACAGGAAGAUAAAGUGACAUACACUGUAUCAGGACUCACAAAUGGGACUAAAUAUGACUUCAGUCUCUUCACUGUGUUUGAAAAUGUCAGAAGCAGUGGAGUAAACCUAAAUGCAGUCACUGCUCCUCGUAAUGCAGAGGACUUUAAAUCAAUUGGACAAAAUGAGAUCAGUAUAACUCUGCAGUGGAACAAAGUGGAUGACAUCCUCAACUAUAUACUUGUGUUCAAUGGACAUGAGAUAAAUGUCACUGCAUCACAGAACGAUAAAGUGACAUACACUGUAUUAGGACUCACAAAUGGGACUAAAUAUGACUUCAGUCUCUUCACUGUGUUUGAAAAUGUCAGAAGCAGUGGAGUAAACCUAAUUGCAGUCACUGCUCCUCGUAACGUAGAGGACUUUAAAUCAAUUGGACAAAAUGAGACCAGUAUAACUCUGCAGUGGAACAAAGUGAAUGACAUCCUCAACUAUAUACUUGUGUUCAAUGGAAGUGAGAUAAGGGUCACUCCAUCAGUGGAAGAUAAAGUGACAUACACUGUACCAGGACUCACAAGUGGGACUAAAUAUGACUUCAGUCUCUUCACUGUGUUUGAAAAUGUCAGAAGCAGUGGAGUAAACCUAACUGCAGUCACUGCUCCUGCAGAUGUAAAGGCUCGAUGUGAGAACGUUGCAGCUGGCUACUCUAUCCUUAUUGUCUUUGAUAAACCGAAGGGUUUGUGGACUGAAGUGGAGGUGAAUGUGACUGGGAAGACAGAAAAGUAUGAUAAUGAGACACAGAAGAUCAUAAUACCUGGAUUCCAACCUGCAAAAUCAUAUGAGGUGUCUAUAGCUCUACUGUCUGAGAAAGUGAUGAGUUGUACACCUUAUGUUUUCCAAUGCCAGACUGAUCCAAGGGGAGUCAUUGCAGGGUCAGUGAUUGCUGUCCUGCUUUUUGGUGUUCUGGUCUUUCUAGUGGUCUUCAUUUUGCUUAAAAGACCAGAUAUUAUCAGAAAGCUGGGGCCCAUUUCAGAAAGCAGGUUUAGUGAAAACUCUGAAGCUAUUUCUGUCGCAAAGUUUCCAGACCAUUUCUACCACUUGAGUGCAGAUGAGAACAGAGGUUUCAGUGAGGAAUAUGAGAAACUUCUUCCUGUUGGCACGGAGCAGACACGAAAGGUAGCGCUCCUGCCUGAGAACAAGGCCAGAAACCGUUUCAGCAACAUUCUGCCAUAUGACUGGUGUCGAGUGAAGCUAAGUACAUCGAAUCCCACUGGGGCUGACUACAUCAAUGCCAGUUACAUGCCAGGCUACAAGAACAACCGAGAGUACAUUGCGACUCAGGGUCCUCUUCCUGCUACAGUCAAUGAUUUCUGGAGGAUGAUCUGGGAACAAAGAGUGAAAGGCAUCGUUAUGGUAACCAACUGUACCGAGGGAAGACGGACUAAGUGUGAACAAUACUGGCCCUCUGACAGAGAGACUUGCCUUUAUGGAGAGAUGCAGGUCACCAACAGAUCUGAGCAGCAAGAGUUCAACUGGACUUUGAGGGAAUUUACACUGAAAUAUAAAAACACCUCAGAAGAGCGCACUGUGAAACAUUUCCACUUUACCUCCUGGCCUGACCACGGAGUGCCACAGGGCAGUGAAGUCCUGAUCCAGUUCAGAGAAGUGUUCAGACAGCACAUAAAGACAGAGGGAACUGGGGAACCCACUGUGGUUCACUGCAGUGCUGGAGUGGGGAGGACAGGCACUAUUAUUGCCUUGGAUGUGCUGCUUCAGCAGCUGGAGCGAGAGAAAGCAGUGGGCAUCAAUGCCUUUGUGCACAAGAUGAGACUGAAUCGACCACACAUGGUGCAGACAGAGUCCCAGUACGUCUUCCUGCACCAAUGCAUCAUGGACUGUCUGCAGCCACAUGAGAAGCCUGAAGAAAACUUAUAUGAGAAUGUGGACAUGAUAUAUGUCAAUGCCACUGCACUCCGAGAGUUUCGUUAAACAGCUUAAUGCCUAAACUAAAUGAGAUUAGCUCUUCACUGAAAUGUUUAUGCACUUAAUG